UGAUUGUUGAUAAAUCAAAAUAAAUUAAUUAAAAAACCCCAUCCUUGGGCUCUCCCAGCUAACGUGAUGAUCAGGGUGUGGUCAGGAGACUGCAAUAUCACUUUCUAGUCUAAUAUUUGUGUUCACAUGUAAUCCACAGGGUCUCCUCACAGCCCAGAGGAUCCUGCCAGUCUCACGAUGAGCCUCAUUCUCCGAAACCUGCAGAGCGUCAUCCCCGUUCGGAGGGUCCCUCUGCGGGCCAGAAUCGAGCUCCUCCGGCACAUCCUCGGCAUCCGGCAGUUUGACCUGGGGGUGAUAUGUGUGGAUAACAGAGGCAUUCAGCGCCUUAAUAGAACUUACAGGAAAAGCCCCAGCCCCACCGACGUGCUCUCCUUUCCUUUCCACGAGAACCUGAGGGCAGGGGCGGUUCCUCAGCCCGAGUGCCCAGACGACUUCAACUUGGGAGACAUCUUCCUGGGAGUGGAGUACAUCUUUGGGCAGUGCCAAGAGAACGGCGAAAACUACUAUGACGUUCUGACGGUGACGGUGGCUCACGGGCUUUGCCAUUUGCUUGGGUACAAGCACAGCACAGCAGCAGAAUGGCACGAGAUGUACCACAAAGAAAAGGUCACUCUUGAAGCACUGAAUGAGGUCACUGGGACCAGCCUCCAGCCACUGACCAAGAACCUCUUUGGAUAAUCCCCUUCACGGAUCGGUAGCAGCUGCCCCCACCCAGAAGAAACCAGUGUAACCUGGAGCUCAGGCUACGAUGGCCAGAGAGAGUCCUGCAGGAUGCAGUGACCCGAAGGGAAGGGAGAGACGGCAGACCUGGAAGAGGACGGAGGUCAGAGAAGUGGAAGGAAGCGAGGGGGAGUGGGUGGCCCCCCGGCGCUGUGGCCUGUAAGGAGAGGCCUCAGCUCGAGGAUCCCCGCCAGCUCGGGCCGGCCCUCUGGCCACGCCAUGAUGACAUCAGGGAUUUCUUUCAGGAAAGUAAAUUCCAGGGUCUUGUGGGACCCUCGGGCAUCUGUAAACAGUUAAAUUCCCUUCAUCUGCCCAAGUGACUAAGCCAGGGGACAGAAAAGACAAAGCCUGUCCUGGCACAAGCAGCUUCUGCCUCGUGGACGUGCCUUUAUCGCAUAACUGGAUCCCACAGCCCAACUGUCAGAUGUUGAUUAAGGGUGGCUGGUCUUCACCUCUAAUGAGAUUAUUGAUGUCAAACCUGCAAAUCCCUCAAUUCUGUGAAACGUUUGGGGAAGGGGUAACAUGGCAUUAAAGGUUUUCACACAUUUCUUGCAAUCCAUC